AUGAACAUCAGGUUGGUGCUGCGCUCGCUGGUGGUUGCCGCAGCGUGGAGCGCCCUCUUCCCGCUACCGAGCAAUGCUCAACUCUUGACAUCCACGCUGGUCCCAUCGUGCCCACCACAAUGCAUCUGCCUGUCCCAGUCGCAGGUGGUGUGCAACAGUGCAACGCUUCGGGGAGUUCCGACCACGCUGAGUCCUAGCGUGAUGCAGCUGUCGUUGUCUCGCGCCGAUCUACGCGUUCUAAGAUCAGACGCCUUCGCGCAUUUGCGGCAGCUGCGUCGGCUCUCGCUGGACGCUUGCAACCUGACUAGGAUCAAGCCGUUCGCCUUCCGCGGCCUGCCCCGGCUCAACGAGCUCUACAUACAACACACGCCGCUCGCCACAGUCGACGCUUUCGCCUUCGCGGCGCUGCAAAACAUCAGCUCCAUCGUCCUGACGCACAAUAAGAUCGCCCAGAUUGAGGGCUACGCGUUCGCCGGCACCAAUUACAUAAAACUGAUCUCCCUCCGCAACAAUCCGAUCAAACGGAUCCUGGCGCACGCCUUCUCCGGCCUGAACGAUGUCAAUCAGAUAGAGCUGCCUUCCGGGAUCCGGGCGAUAGAGCCGCAAGCGUUUGCCGGCCUCGAGGGGGUGGGCGUGCUGGAGCUGGCCUACAUGGAUCUGCCGGCGCUCCUGCGAGACACCUUCUUCGGUAUGACGCGAAUCGGCCGACUGGCGUUGAGGGAGUCCGACCUGGGUGUUAUCAGGGAGGGCGCCUUCGACGGCCUCCGCCACGUGGACACCCUCGAGAUGUGCAACAACAAAAUAGACGGCGUCGAGGAGCUGUCACUGGUGCAGAACAACAGCGUGCACACGUUCAAGCUCACCGGCAACCACAUGCUGGAGUCGCCCGAGUCCGUCGUUCUCGAGGUGGACAUCGUCGAGAUACGGGGCAACCACCUGCCUUGCGAGUGCGGCCGCGACCCGAUGGCGAACCCACUGGCUCUGUCGCCGGAGUUUGCCGACGAGAAUUUCUGUAUAUCGCCGCUGAAGGUCCGCGGGCGCAGCUUGUCCAGUGCGGCCGGUGCAGCAUGUAGGGGGGAGGGAGGCGGCAGUGCUAGAGCAAGAGCCGCGGCCGGUGCCGGCCCCGCAACCCGCACCGUACACCUACCACCCCAUAGACUAGCGCUGACAGCCGCCCUGAUCGCUUUCUUCGCAAACAGC